AUGGCGGCCAAAACAGCCGACGAGCUCUCGAAGCUCGCUCUCAACGGCAAUGCCGCGAAGCCUGGCCCGCAGAGAAACGGUACAAACGGCGUCAAUGGCCAUCUAUCGGAUCAGGACGACUCCGAUGAUGACGAUGCCACUGCCACUGUCAACGCUGGGGGUGCAGACGGGAACACGGCCAGUGGCGCCGCAAAGAAGAAGAAAAAGAAGAAGCCAAAGAAGAAGAAGACCACCGCAAAGGUCCAGUCUGAUCCACCCCGUGUGCCACUCAAAGAUCUCUUCCCCAAUGAUACAUAUCCCGUUGGCCAGGAGGUGGAAUACAAAGAUCACAACGCCUACCGCACGACCAACGAGGAGAAGCGCCACCUCGAUCGUAUGAACAAUGAUUUUCUUCAGGAAUACCGCAAGGGUGCCGAAGUACAUCGUCAAGUGCGCAAAUGGGCGCAUGCGAAUAUCAAACCAGGAAUGUCCCUGACUGAGAUUGCGGAGGGGAUCGAAAACGGUACUCGCGCUCUCACCGGGCACUGGGGACUUGAGGAGGGCGACAACAUCAAGGGUGGCGUCGGCUUCCCGACAGGAUUGAGCAUCAAUCAUAUUGCGGCACACUACACCCCCAAUGCAGGGAACAAAUGGAUUCUCCAAGAGCAGGACGUCAUGAAGGUUGAUUUUGGUGUCCACGUCAACGGCAGGAUCGUCGAUUCUGCGUUCACUGUGUCCUUCGAUCCCAAAUACGACAAUCUCCUCGCUGCCGUCAAGGACGCCACGAACACUGGUGUUCGGGAAGCCGGCAUCGAUGUGCGGGUUGGUGACAUCGGCGGGGCAAUCCAAGAAGUCAUGGAGUCAUAUGAAGUGGAACUCGAUGGAAAGACCUACCCUGUCAAGUCUAUUCGCAAUUUGAACGGGCAUGACAUUGUCCAACACAGCAUUCAUGGUGGCAAGUCCGUUCCCAUUGUCAAGAGCCACGAUCAGACGAAAAUGGAGGAGGGCGAGAUUUUCGCGAUCGAAACGUUUGGAUCGACCGGCCGUGGAUAUGUGACCGAUGACCUCGAAGUCUCUCACUACGCCCUCCGCUCUGAUGCACCAAACGUGCCAUUGCGCGUUCAAUCCGCCAGGAAUUUGCUGAAUGUCAUCAAGAAGAAUUUUGGGACUAUUCCCUUCUGCCGACGAUACUUGGACAGGCUCGGUCAGGAGAAGUACUUGCUCGGCUUGAAUAAUCUGGUAAGUUCGGGCAUCGUGGAAGCAUAUCCCCCGUUAGUGGAUGUCAAGGGCAGCUACACGGCUCAAUUUGAACAUACUAUUCUGUUGAGGCCUACGGUGAAAGAGGUCGUCAGCCGAGGCGACGACUACUAG